AUGUCAGAUGUACCAUGGGAAAACGAAGAGAAACGAAACUACAUUUGUAUGCAAAAUAUUAUCAUUGAUGUUGUCAGUGAAGGAUUGAGGAAAGUUUUUAAAAACGAAUGGAAUGUUCGUUAUCAGGCAAGUUUCGGAGCAUGGGAUGACACCAGUGUAAGUGGACUGCAGUUGUUUAAUCGGGAAAAUGCACGAUCAAGACCAUUCAAGAACAUGUACCAGGCAAAAUUUCAACAUGGAGAUACAAAUCAAUGGGAUUGCACUGUGCUUUUUGACGCAAUUCUGUACUCAAACGCGAUUGGUAAAUCAAGCCUUAAACCAGCAAUUAAGACUGAAGUGGACAAUAUUCGAAGUAUGCGAAAUAAAAUUAUGCAUGCUGAAGAAACUACCCUAUCUGAUGCUGACUUCCAAACCAUGAUCAGUGAUCUCGAAAAGGCAUUUAAAGCCCUCAGUGUUCCAAUUAAUGAUAUCACGCAAAUGAAAAUGAAGAGAAACCUUUACAAAUCGUUUAAAGUUUUACCUUCAAAGCCAACCCACGAAGUUGUUUACCGUUCUGAGAAGGUUAAGGAUAUACAACAAGAACUCCAGACGUUACGCAUUGAUAGCGACAGUAAACUUACAUAUUUCUAUAUUUCCGGAAAUCCCGGAAGUGGAAAAUCGCAGCUAUCCCGGCAACUGGGAGAGGAUUUGUUCAAGGACGUAAACUUUGAAACACAGGCAACAUUUGUAAUGACUCUGCACGCAAAAGAUUUAAACACUCUCCUUCACUCGUAUGAAGAUUUUUGCCGACGUCUAAAUUGUUCUGAGAGUGUAUUGAGAAAUGUAAUCAAUUCAUCCAAAACAAACAAAGAAAAGAUCGAAGAUUUAAGAUCACUGAUUGAAAGCAGAAUCAAGAACUGGAAAAGGUGGUGGAUUAUAGUAGACAAUGUGGAAAAUCUCGAGGAUAUUGCAGCCUUACUACCUCAAAUUGGCAGUGAAGUCUGGAGUAAUGGUCAAAUUAUAUUGACAAUUCAGAAUACAAAUGCAAUCCCUUCUGACAGUCAGUUCACUAGGCAUAUUUCACUCAGUCGUGGCAUGAAAGAUCAAGAGUGUCGUCAGUUACUUUCCAUAUUAUCAGGAACUGACGCUAAUGAUCCAUUAUUUGAUGAAGUUGCUGAGAAGUUAGAUCACCAACCUUUGGCUAUGGCUGCCGCAGCUGUAUACUUCAAGAAAGUCAUCCAGACAAAAUGUUGUCCAAGGUUUUCGUGGCAAGAUUAUUUAGAGAAGUUAAAAGGUAAAAGAAAAGUCACAGAAGAACAGCUUCGCCAAACCAGUUCAGCCUAUCCAUUCACCAUGUCUGCGGCGGUCUCCCUAGCUGUUGAAAAAUCUGCGGAAAACAAUUUUAUUUUAAAUCACACAUUCAAUCUUUUUUCUCUGAUCUCCUUUGAACCGUUACCUGUUGAUAUUAUUGUCGAAUACGUUCAGGAACUUGAUACAAACUAUGAUAAAGAGGAAAUUUAUUUGGCAUUGAAGCAUUGUUCGCUUUUUCUUCUUACUGAAACUGAAACUGAAGAUUGCGAUGUCUCGCUACAUCGUGUUGUCCAUGAAGCAACUAAGUUGUUAAGUGAUUGCCAAGAAUCGGAAGCUUCAUCUUAUUCCCAGAGUGGGAUUCCUAAUGAAAGAGUGAAUGUUGGCGCUGCAAUUACAGUUCAAAAUGUUCUAAAAGCACUUUAUCAUUUCCAUCACAGGGACGAUCAAAUCAAAAUGAUUCCCCAUUUGAAGGCAUUUAAUACAGCAAUGAAAAAACGAUUUGUCGAACAAGACUCGUUAUAUUCAAUUAGCUUAGGCUUUGAAAACCCAGAAAUAUGUGCCAUAUAUCACUAUUUUGGGAAAACUUUAAAUGGCUAUUGCGAGUAUCAAUUGGCUGUCAAAUUUCAUAAUACAAAUCUUCAAAUCUGGAGAGAUUCAGAAAAUCACAAUUGCAGGGCCAGUACAUUUAACGAACUUGGCAUUUCAUACACAAAAAUGGGGGAACUCGACAAGGCUAAAGAUUACUACCAACGAGCACUGGAAAUUCAAGAGGAACAGCUAGGUUCAAACCAUGUUGAUGUUGCAGCUUCUUAUAACAACAUUGGUGCAGUGUACAGUAAAAAAGGUAACCUGGACCAGGCUAAAGAUUAUUACCAACGAGGACUGGAAAUUAAAGAGAAACAGCUAGGUCCAAACCAUGUUGAUCUUGCAGUUUUUCAUAACAACAUCGGAGGAGUGUACAGUGACAAAGGUGACCUAGACCAAGCUAAGGAUUAUUACCAUCGAGCACUGGAAAUUCAAGAGAAACAGCUAAGUCCAAACCAUGUUGAUGUUGCACUUUAUUAUAACAACAUUGGCCUAGUGUACAGUAAAAAAGGUAACUUGCACCAGGCUAAGGUUUAUUACCAACGAGCACUGGAAAUUCAAGAGAAACAGCUAGGUCUAAACCACAUUGAUGUUGCAGCUUCUUAUAACAACAUUGGUCUAGUAUACAGUGAAAAAGGUGACCUGGAUCAGGCAAAGGAUUACUACCAACGAGCACUGGAAAUUCAAGAGAAACUGCUAGGUCCAAACCAUAUUGAUAUUGCAGCUUCUUAUAAUAACAUUGGUGGAGUGUAUUAUGAUAAGGGUAACCUGGACCAGGCUAAGAAUUAUUACCAACGAGCACUGGAAAUUCAAGAGAAGCAGCCAGGACCAAACCAUGUUAAUGUAGCAGUUUCUUAUAACAACAUUGGCCUAGUGUACAGUAAAAAAGGUGACCUAGACCAGGCAAAGGAUUACUACCAACGAGCACUAGAAAUUGAAGAGAAAGAGCUAGGUCCAAACCAUGUUGAUGUUGCAGGUUCUUAUAAUAACAUGGGUCAAGUGUAUUAUAAUAAAGGUAACCUGGACCAGGCUGAGGAUUAUUACCAACGAGCAAUAAAAAUUCAGGAGAAACAGCUUGGUUCAAACCACGUUCAUGUUGCAGUUUCUUGUAACAACAUUGGCCUAGUGUACAAGGAAAAAGGUGAACUGAACCUGGCUAAGGAUUAUUACCAACGAGCUCUGGAAAUUCAAGUGAAACAGCUUGGUCCAAACCAUGUUAAUGUUGCAGUUUCUUACAACAACAUUGGUGGAGUGUAUAGUAAAAAAGGUGACCUGGACCAGGCUAUGGAUUAUUACCAACGAGCACUGGAAAUUCAAGAGAAGCAGCUAGGUCCAAACCAUGUUGAUGUUGCAGUUUCUUAUAAUAACAUCGGUGGAGUGUAUUAUAAUAAAGGUAACCUGGACCAGGCUAAGGAUUAUUACCAACGAGCACUGGAAAUUCAAGAGAAACAGCUAGAUCCAAACCAUGUUGAUGUUGCAGUGUCUUCUAUGAACAUUGGUCUAGUGUACUAUAAAAAUGGCAACCUGGACCAAGCUAUGAAUUAUUGCCAACGAGCAGUGAAAAUUCAAGAGAAACAGCUAGGCCCAAACCAUGUUGAUGUUGCAGUUUCUUAUGAGAACAUUAGCCUAGUAUACAGUGAAAGAGGUGACCUGGUCCAGGCUAAGAAUUAUUACCAACGAGCACUGAAAAUUAAAAAAAACAACUAUAGGCGGUAGGAGGAGCAUCCAAAAGAUGUAAUUCCAUUGCACUCUUCUUGGGACUACGUAAUUUUCGCAUGAAUCAAUAGAUAAAAAUUACUUUAUGAGAAUCCGUUGCUCCCCAAGGGAUACAGGUGCACAAUAUAAUUGGGAAAAAAUUCCUCCGAAAUUUGAUAUUCUCGCGCUUCGAAAUAUUCAAACCCCCAUUGUUUUGGAAGCAAACACGCAUGUGCAUGUCAGCCAAACUCACACUGCGCACGCGCAGACAGGAGAAAUGGAUUGUCCCUUCCCCCCGAUUCCCUCGUAAAAUGAACAAAAUAACAUCACGGAAGACUACGCGUAAGCUAUGCAUGUAGUCUGUACAAGAUUCGCUUGUCACGACACCGAAUUUUACAUUUUCAGAAUACCCCGAAUGCUUGAAAAUUGUGAUGAUAAGACAAAAUAAAACAAAGAUUGUGAAGGGGACAAAUUUUGCCCGUGGGCAAGCAUUGCUCCUGAACGGCAAGUGUUGGUGUCGAAUCCGUAUAUUUCCUGUCCAGCGUAAACAGGUUUAUACGCGAAGUUUUAUAUUUGUGUUUAUUUAUAUCGAACUAAGAAUAUUGCUAUAAAAGCAUAUUUAACUACUAAAUAUUAAAGACAAUAGCCAUAGUGUUCAAGACGAGAGAAAGCAAUUUUCGUGUGAAUCGCCACUUGGAGACAUAUGCCUUUGGCUUUGCCUGUCACUGCAGUCGGAAAAUCUCCAGAAAUAUCGGUAUACUUAGAAACAUCGAAGGUUCCUUUGGAGAUUUCAUCUGAUUCAUGCCAAUAAAUAAUAUCGAUUGAGACGUCUUUUGGUACCCUGGUUUCAAAGGUUGAAAAUAAACCUCUGGUUGACAGCGGCCAUUAGGGUCAUAUCCUGAGUACUCUGUAUCCUGAUUGGAUGAUUGUAUUAAAGCUCUCUGAUUGGUUAUAGAUGUUUUAUUUUAAUCAAUCAGGGAGCUUUAAUACAAUCAUCCAAUAAGGAGACAGAGUCAGGACUUGAGCCUAAUUCAAACUGAUUGGCGCGGCUCGAUGAAUCAAUUGCCGCUUUCAACCAGAGGUAUAUUUUUCGUCUCCCAUUCGCAAUGAAAAUAAUAAAAAUAAACCUUUGGAACCAGGGUAGACUUUUGGCUGUUUAUUUGUUUCGAAUACUUGUAUAUUUCAGCUAAGAAUAUCUCGCCGCUCCCUGACGAGUAGGUGUAGUUACGUAAACUUGUCUCGCCCUCACACAAAAGCCCUGGGAAAGAGGUUUACUUUUUUAAAAUAGGAUUUUAUCCAACGAGUUGGAGACUCAAGUGGUAAGGAAGAGCAUGAGUGUACGUUGACUGAUGUUUGUGAUAUAAUAGUAACUGACUAGGUUUAGCAAGUCAUGGGAAUGAUGCUAUUUCAAUUGGCUAACAUUUUAGUUUUUUUUAGCAUUUUGAAACAACAACUAGGUUAAUCAUAAGUGGGUGCAAUUAAAACAAUGUCUGUUAUGUAGACUCAUGCAAUUAUUAAGUACAUAAUUGUAACAAGUGCUGUAUGCUAAAUGAAUAAAUAAAUAGUUUAUACAUUCUCUUGACCAACUUUGUAAGUAAUUUUUCAUUAAAAUUAAUGCAACAUUAAAACAUAUAUAUAUAUAUAUAUAUAUAUAUAUAUAUAUAUAUAUAUAUAUAUAUAUACAUACUGAUUAAAUAUUUAUAUACAUAUAUAUGUCUAUUUAUAUACAUACUGAUCAAAGGUCCCACAAUAACAUGCUGCUGAUACUUGGUGGUACAUUACAUGAAAAUACAAAAAAACUGCAUAUAAUUGCACCUAUAAAUGUUAAGCCACAGAGGGGGAGGGGGUUGGGCGUAUGUAGGGAUUUUGAUUAGCAUUUUGGGCACAAGUUAGGGUAAUUUGAACCAAAAUGACUUUUAUUAAUAUAGUAUUUUUUGAAAAAGGGUUGUGUAUUUGACCAAUAUUUAUUAUUACCCGACAGUGGGACAUUUGAUUGAAAAUUUGCUCAAAAAAUCAAAUGCCCCACACAUGCCCGGCCCCCUCUCUGGGGCUUGACAUUGUAAGAACCACCAUUUCUCAAACUUUAUUUGAAUUAGUUGUGUAAUUGCAUUACAAAUACUGUUAAAAAAAACCAAGCUAGUAGUUCUUCACCGCUAUAAUCCAAGUGAGUAUAUAGACAUUUUAAGACCUAACCCGGAACGACUGCGAAAAUGCAGCACAAGGUCCUAUGGUAGGAAUUGAACCUACGGUCGUGCGAUUCAGUCGCAGCGCUCUAACCAACUGAGCUACAGAGGCCAGUUGUUGAACCGUAACCGUAAUUUCAUCUAUAUAUAGGUGAUCGGGUGUGCGCGGGUUGUGAUUAGGUGGACUUCAACAAUCUGGAUUCUGCACUUCACUUGGAAAUAAUAGAAUGCCGUUUUUAGGAAAAACAAAAACAGCAUUCUAAUAUUACCAAGUAAAGUGGCGAAACCAGAUUUUUGAAGUCCAUUCUAUCCAAUGGCAUUCUAGGACCAACACCUCCAUGACAUUGUUCUCCAAACAUUCUAGCAGCGUGAUAAAUCGGAUUGUAUUUUUGACCAGCAUGAAGUACAGAAAUAGCCUUUGCAACAAGUGGGAGAAAAUUUUGAGGGACAAAGUUUAGCAUCUAAUAAACCAGGGUUAACUUUGCCAGCCAUUUUUGAAACCGGUGGAUGCAUGUGUAGUUGUUCUCGUUGUCGCUGAGUUUUGAAAAUCCAGAAGUCAUCAAUACAUUGCCAGGGAAGUGAACAAGGAAAGGUCACUUGAUGGAGCCAAUCUUAGCAUCGGAGAUCUUGCAGAUGUAGAAGGUCACUCUGUACAGUUAGGAAGGUCCGAUAUUAACCUACCUCCAAAUUUAAUGAUGAUGCUUAAUUCUUGCGGACAAGUCAUUGACAAAAAUAGAAUCCAGCCAAAAUCACGAAUCUCAAAUCUAUUAAAAAAACCAGACAAACAAUAUAUUUCACUUACAAAAUAUUGUAUAUAAUCAAUAGUAUAUCAAAACUUCUAUAGUAUAUAACAUUUCUUUAGAAAAAAGCGAGUAAUUAUUAAUAGCACUUCAUUAUCGAUCUGAGUGGCAAGGCAGCAUAUUUUGCAAAGGGCUAUAUUCAACG